AUGGAGAUGUUGACAACGUUAUUGUCCUUCUUGGCCAUUUUAAUAUGGCGGACGUCCGCCGAGCAAGUUGUCCUUUUGGAUACUACAGGCGAGGCGAGCCUUGAUUGGACCCGUUAUCCUUACGGUCCGCAAGCCAACACCCCAGGGUGGGUUGAGGAAAGUUUCACGAAUUUUCAAAAAGGUAUCAACUGGCGAUCGUACGUUGUUUGCGACGUUGCCUAUAACAACGUGAACAAUUGGCUAUGGAGUCCCUUUAUCGACAGAGGUGUAGCCAAUAGAAUCUACAUUGAGAUAAAAUUUACUAUCAGAGAUUGCAGCUUGUUUCCAGGAAAUGCUCUGUCUUGUAAGGAAACAUUCAGUCUUCUUUACUAUGAGUUCGAUGCUGCUACCAGGGAACCCCCGCCAUGGGAUGCUGAAAGAUACAAACUGAUAGGUCGUAUAGCAGCCGGAGAUGGCCGAUUCAACACGAAUUCCGAGGUGAACAUCAACACGGAAGUAAAAAGCAUCCCCGUCACCAAAAAAGGCGUGUACUUUGCUUUCAGAGACCAAGGUGCUUGCAUCUCUCUCUUGGCCAUAAAAAUUUAUUACAUAACUUGCCCGGAAGUGACCAUCAAUUUCGCGCGGUUUCCGGCCACACCCACUGGAAAGGAGAUCACAAUUAUAGAGCAAGCCCAAGGUACUUGUGUGAGCAAUGCUGAAAUGGUGGGUGGUACCCCUACAUAUCUAUGUAAGGGGGAUGGUAAAUGGACCUUACCAACCUACGGUUGCAAAUGUAAGGCUGGGUUCCAACCUGACAUGGAUAAACAAACAUGCAAUGUUUGUCAACCUGAAACUUAUAAGGCCGAAACAGGCGAUGGGCCAUGUCUACCAUGCCCAGAACACUCAGUAGGUAGGGACUACGGUCUCACAGAGUGUAGAUGCAACAGCGGUUACUACAGAUCGCCAACGGACCCUAAAAAUAUGUCUUGCACUCAGCCUCCGUCGGCCCCUCAAAACUUAACGGUGACUUUCGUGGAUCAAUCUCACGUCACCUUGAGUUGGUUACCACCAGAUAAUUUGGGUGGCAGAACUGAUAUUGUGUACAGAAUAAAAUGCGACGCCUGCGUACAUGGUUUGGUUCAAUAUCACCCCUCAACAGACACCUUUAACGAAACCAGAGUCUCCAUUGGUGGCCUAAACGCUGUCACAACAUACAGAUUCCAAAUAUUUGCCGAAAAUGGUGUAUCCCAGCUAGUAACAAGAGCUAAUAUGAACUAUGCAGAUAUAGCAGUAACUACAGAGGCCAGUGUGUCUAGUAACAUACCAAAUGUUAGGGUUUUAUCUGUCAAAAGUACCGAAAUUACUUUGGCAUGGGAUGCACCUACAAAUAAUGAUAAUUUGGACAUGGAAAAUGACUACGUUGAGUCGUAUGAGGUUCGAUGGUAUGUUAAAAAUGACGUCGACCACAAUUCGACAAGCAUUUUGACCUCCGACUUGAAAUUAACAAUUAUGGACUUAAAUCAAAGGACUGAGUAUGGAGUUCAAGUGAGAGCUAAAACCGCCAACGGCUGGGGAGAUUAUUCACCUGUUAUUUACAAGACUACUGGGCAGGUUUUGAACACCGCUUACAGCCACGAUGCCGAAGGUUUUAGAAUACAACUAGUGGCGGGGGGGUAUAGUGGCAGUAGUAGUAAUACUAGUUGGCGUUAUUGUUCUUACGGUGGUAUUCCUGAGGUCCAGAACAAAUGACGAAUGUAACAAAAAACAACCGAGCGAUUGCGACACUUUGGAAUACAGAAACGGCGAAGUCCACCCCUUAGACAAUCCUCCUAUAGUAACAACCCAUACAAAUGUGACCACACCUCUAUUUACCGGAAUCAGCGGUUCCUCGAGAACCUACAUUGACCCGCAUACCUACGAAGACCCUAACCAAGCCGUAAAAGAAUUCGCUAGGGAAAUCGAUGCAAGUUAUAUAACAAUCGAAGCUAUAAUUGGCGGUGGUGAAUUCGGAGACGUUUGCAAGGGGAAGCUUAAAAUAAAUGGCGUUGAUAUCGAUGUUGCUAUAAAAACUCUUAAAGCUGGGUCCUUGGACAAAUCCAGAAACGAUUUUCUCACCGAAGCUUCGAUAAUGGGACAAUUCGAACACCCAAAUGUAAUUUUCUUGCAAGGUGUAGUGACCAAGUCCAACCCAGUAAUGAUUAUUACAGAGUACAUGGAAAACGGUUCCCUCGAUACAUUUUUACGAGCAAACGAUGGCAAAUUCCAAGUUAUCCAGCUCACAGGCAUGCUACGAGGCAUCGCAUCCGGUAUGCAAUACCUAGCCGAAAUGAAUUACGUCCAUCGAGACCUUGCAGCAAGAAAUGUUCUCGUCAACUCGCAGUUGGUUUGCAAAAUUGCUGACUUCGGUCUAAGUAGAGAAAUCGAGAGUGCCACAGAGGGAGCUUACACUACACGAGGGGGCAAAAUUCCGGUAAGAUGGACAGCCCCCGAGGCAAUAGCUUUCAGGAAGUUCACUUCCGCAUCGGACGUAUGGUCCAUGGGUAUAGUUUGUUGGGAGGUUAUGUCGUAUGGUGAAAGGCCGUAUUGGAACUGGUCCAAUCAAGACGUAAUAAAGAGUAUAGAAAAGGGAUACAGAUUGCCAGCUCCGAUGGACUGCCCCGAAGCCAUUUACCAACUGAUGCUGGACUGCUGGCAAAAAGAAAGAACACACAGGCCGUCUUUCCAAUCCAUAGUUAAAACUCUAGAUAAAUUAAUAAGAGUACCGGAAACCUUGAGGAAAAUAGCGCAAAAUCGAUGCGCGAACCCUCUAUCGGCAGACGCGCCGGAUCUGACGCAGUUCCAGUCCGUCGAAGAGUGGCUCAACUCCAUCAAGAUGGCCAGAUACCUGCAAAACUUUCUCGAAGGCGGCUUCGAUAACAUGGACGCCGUCGUCAAUUUGACCGUCAAAGAGCUGACCGAGGUCGGCAUAACCCUCGUAGGCCAUCAAAAGAAAAUCAUGAACUCUGUCCAAAACAUAAGGGCGCAGCUGCGCGUAAACGGUGCCGAAGGAUUUUUAGUGUAA